AGACGAGGAACCAGGAGACACAGCGGCUCAUUCUAUCAUCUGAUAACAGAUCGAGCUAAUGGAGCGAGGGGAGAUGUGAGAUCACUGUAUCGCCUCGGAGGGUCUCGUGUGAACAUCGUCUGACGCCGCGGGAUUAGAACCUUUCCGGGACGGUUCGGUGAUAAUGGAGCCCCCCUGCUCUCCACAGGUGGUGGUGGAGGACGGAGGAGAGGAGGAGGAGGAGGAGCUGAGCGGAGGGGAGGAGUCGGAGCUGCGCUCCAGCAGUGGGCGUGGCUCCCUGCUGACCCGGAGGGGGAUCACACUGAGGGUGCUCCUGAAGGAUGGGCUGGUGGAGCCCGGGGACGGGGCGCUCACCAUACACUACCUGGGGAAGAAGUUUGUGGGCGACCUUCUGACGGACGGUAAGAUCCGCUGGGUGGAGACGGGGCAGAUCUUCAACUCGCCCAGCGCCUGGGCCACGCACUGCAAGCGUCUGGUCAACCCGGCCAAGAAGUCGGGCUGCGGCUGGGCCUCGGUGCGCUACCGCGGCCAGAAGCUGGUCCAGUACAAGACCAGCUGGCUGCACAAGUACCAGCCCAGCGCCGACAUGAGCCUGGUGAGUGAGGAGGAGGACGAGGACGAGGAGGAGGAAGGGAAGACGGCGGUGCCGGCGGAGGAGAAGAACAAGAACGCCAAACCAGGAUUACACGACAUCAUGGUGGCCCGCCGGACGGACCGCGAGAGGAUCCCCGUGAGGUACGGGAACCUGGGCGCCCGCGACCCCAGCAGGGACCCCCACACCCUGGUGGAGCUGUCGGCCUUCUCCGCCAUCAACCGCUUCCAACCCUUCAACGUGGCCGUGUCCAGCAACGUGCUGCUGCUGAUGGACUUCCACUGUCACCUGACCACCAGCGAGGUGGUGGGCUACCUUGGGGGCCGAUGGGACACGACCACACAACUGCUGACGGUGUUGCGGGCGUUCCCGUGUCGGACAAGACUGGCGGACAAAGAGUCGGCCUCCGCCGUGGAGGAGGAGAUCUGUCAGAACCUGUUCAUGCGCGGCCUGUCAUUGGUCGGCUGGUACCACAGUCACCCGCGUGGCCCCGCCCUCCCGUCGCUGCAGGACAUCGACUCCCAGAUGGACCACCAGCUGAGGCUGCAGGGCUCCAACAACGGCUUCCAGCCCUGCCUGGGCAUCAUCUGCGGUCCGUAUUACCACGGAAACCAGGGCGUGGCGUCCACAAUAACCCCGUUCUGGGUGGUGCCUCCACCUGAGUCGUUUUCCUCAAAGCAACGACCCAACGACUACGGCAUCCCCGUGGCGGUGGAGGUCACGUACGUCCAGGACAACUUCCUGACCAGCGACGUCCUCAACGAGAUGAUGCUGCUGGUGGACUACUACAGGACCGCCCCGGACAUCGUGCAGUUCAGCCAGUACUGGUGCCCCGACACCACCAUGAUGGAUAAGAUCAAGGGCUCCCUGAGUGGCCACGCCCCUAAAGACCAGGCCUACUCCCAGAUCCUCGAGCAUGUUUACAGUCAGCUGAGUAUCACGCAGUGAGGGACCAACGCUGUGUGUGUGUGUGUUUAUUUGUGUGUAUGCUUGCGUGCCUGUGUGCAUAUGUAUGUAUGUGUGUGUUUAUAUAAGUGUGUAUAUGUGUGUGUGUGUGUAUAUGUGUGUGUGUGUGUGUGUAUGCUUGUGUGUGUGUGUGUGUAUGCUUGUGUGCGUGUGUGUGUAUGUGAUUAUGUGCGUGCACGGAUGCUCUGCGUUACCUUUCCGAGGCGUCCAGUGCUCUGAACAGCCCCAGCGUACGAUGUGAACACUGUUAGACCCACAAUGCCUCCACUCGCGUUAGCAAUACGUUUCUUUGGUAGGACAGUGUCAGUGACUAGAGCGGCAUCCUGUCGGCCUGCGCUGCAGUGAGUCAACGUGUAAAGCUGUGGCCUCCAAGUGGUCCCCUGAUGGCUUCCUCUGCUUCCGUUUGAAACAAAUCAGACUCAAUGACUAGAAUUAAUCCAUUGUUAAUGCCGGGAGCACAUUGAACAGGAUGCCGUUUCCAAAUUCAGGAGACCAGGUGACCUCAUCAGUGGUAUCAGGCCGUACAUACUUCAUGUUAUUGGAUCAGAACAUAAAGUGGUAGUUACACGUCUCGGCACAUCUUGGAACCAAAGUUUUUUUUUAAGGAUGCUCACAUUGCGAGUGACGACGUCUCUCUCUGGGCCCGUGGACCUAUUAUACAUUUUGGUGAAAACGUGAUGGUAUAGGCACAUGGUGCCAGAUUUGUAUUGUUGAUAUUGAAUGUGUAGGAAUGACCCUGAUGGACGGCUCCUAGCAUCACAUAAAUCAAACGCAAAUGGUUUAAUUUGCGGUUAUUAAAGAGAUGAUUCGCCAUAGCAUUGGCUUUACUCUUCCUUCUUUAGAUCAGUUCAGACGUUCUUGUUAGGCCAGUUGCCGUUCAACUCCAUCAGUGUCAAAACGUUCAGCGUGCAAAAUGUUAAUGUUUCUGAAGGCAGCAGUUGUAUUAGUCAGCUCACUAGUGGUCAAUGAACCCAAGGAUGGAUGUGGCCAUGUGUGUGUACGUGUUCAAACAUGACAAACUGUUUCAACUCUAUUGGUUGAAACAAAAGUCUUUUUUUAUUUAACCUGUACUGUAUUUAUAAAAAUCUGUGGAUUGGGCGAUGCAGAAAUAUGGAGAAAGCAAUGCCUUAUAAAACCUGCUGAUGACCUAAAUAAACAUUAAAUUCAGACACUGGAAUCCCUUCGAUUGAGAUUGUGUUAUUUCUUCGAUAAGACGCAUGGUGAAGGCUGCUGAUGCACUGAGCUCCAUUGAAUCUAAUAUCCAUCUAUAUUCAGGAGAAUUCUCUCAAUACGACAGCAUUGCAAUUAUUUUUCUUUCUUUAUUAAAAGAAUGGGGAAGGUUGACAAAACAAGAAGCAUGUACAAAUAUUUGAUAAUAAUUCACAAAGUAUUGCCGUUAAAUGUUGGACUCAUGACAUAAAAAAACAUGGAAAGGUAACUUAAACUAAAACAUACAUUAACAAGGUAUCAUAUGAGACUACAUGCAAAGUUAAAUUUAAAAAUGGCUAGGGUCGAUAUAAAAAAAAUACUAUAGGAGAGACAAAGUGAUUUUCGCGGUGUAAAAGGGAGUAUUCUAGCUGUCCGAUUAAAACACACAUAUAUAACUCUUUAGAAAAACAGGGAGACAAUUGACUGGGGGGCGGGGGGGGGUUCUGAACACGGAUCCAAACCAGUUCCAGACGCCGUUAACCUAACCAGCGUGCUCUACUGCCAUACCAGAUGUCCAUGUGGGCCGAGUAAACCAAUCAGCCCUGUCCCAUGUGGGGUCUGGGACCGUGUACACAUGCACUACGUUUGUACACAGCAAAGUGCCAUGGUGGGAGGAUGAAAACAAUACAAAACGGGAUAGAAUAAACGGAUCAGGCCAGGAAAUUCAUGACCAUUUAAAAAAGUCUAUAUUAUUUUGGUUAUUAUUAGUCACGUCUCCACCUCCCUUUUUCAAAGGCACUAAAACAGCUAAGCGAAGGGUUUGUGUCUCGUUGCCCUCCUAUAAUACAGUGAGGCCACACCAAACAUCCACCCUGAAGCCCUCCAGUACUACCAGUGAAAUGUACUGUAGGAUGAGACAUGUAAACAUGAGAGGAGAUGGAACAGAGGGAGAAGAAGUCUCUUAAAGUCCCCCUGGGAUCCUUCAUCAUAAUCACCAAUCUAUACAUAACUUAACUCAUCUGCCCGCUUGAGUAAAAAGAGGUGGCAGAAAAGAGUCAUGCGACACGACAGGGUAAGAAAGACUUCUAACGGUGGCCCUUUCCCUUUAAGAACUCCCUUUUCAACCCCGGUCUCUCCCUCACAGUCUGAUGGACCACUAAACCAAUCGGAACGAUGCAUUUAAGACGCCAUCAUACAGGAGAAGGUGGAGGGCAGAUGGUAAACAGUGGGGUGGAUCGUGGUGGAUGGGACUAAAGAGACACUGCCUGCAGUGUCCUCAGGUCCGGUGAGUAAAACCUGGUAGACUAGUGUCAGAGCGAGCAGGUGCCGAGACCGACUGCUCCGGUCAGAUUACAGUCUCUAGGUAACCAAUAACAGGCCUUGGUGAUGCAGAGGCAUCACGUGUAGUACAGUACAGUAAGUACUGUGUAAGACAACAGGAAGGUACUGUGGUUUUGCUGAGAGCCAUGUGGCUGAUGCACCCUACGUAUAUACCUAUAUACCAUACAUGUAUACCAGACACAUGGUAUGAUACACAGACAGUGUACUGAUUAGUGGCUAAAAGUUGAAGUGAAAAACAGGUGCAAGAAGAGCAUCAACUUUGGGUCUGGGCGUCACGGUGGAGUUGUCUCUCCGUCGGAAAAAACACAAACGCACGCUCGCGUGAAUCUCAUUUGGGGACCAAGGUGCGUUAACAAAACGUUUGUUUUCACAGAUCCGGAACAACGGCACAACUCUGAAGAAUUGUUGCGCAAACGGCGAGAUAAAAAGUUAUGAGGAGUAAAUACUGGAAUCCUGUCAGGACCCUCAGAGAGGUCUGGUCUCUGAGGGUGUGAUGGAGCCCCGGGCCACAGCCUCAGGGCCAGGGUGUCACUGUGUGGGGAGUGUCUCUGGAUCUUAAGGUAAACCCCGAAAUGUAGAACGGAUUUUAAGGCUCAUAAUUGACGGAAACCAAAAGCACAAAAUAAACAACAAUAAAUCUUUUAAAAACAACAAGUGUUCGCAGACCUGCGACCGCGUGACCCAUAUCUGCUACUGUGCAACUUUACGCCUGGUGUCAUAAUGAGUUCAGCCAACAGGGGGCGUCCAGAGGGCAGCAGAGUCAAUUCAAUUGACUCGGCUCUGCACAACAAUUAAAACCAUAUUGUUUAUGAAAUGUAGGGGAACAAUAAAGUCACCUGUUUGAUGUAUGAGUUGUACUCUUAUCAAUUAAAAAAAAAUGAAGUAACGUUUUUUUUCUCCUCAAUUCAGCUGUUCAGAGGUAAACAUGAUUUCAUAACGAGUUGCCUCAGACGAGGGACCCUGACCUUCUAACCUCGUUGUGGGAGUGGUCUUUAUUUUAAUACAUUUCUCAUCUGGAAUGUGUAACAUCAUCGUCUUCUGAAUUUCCCUUCAAAGUCCCGAAGACAGAAAGGAGACUGUAGUAUUAAUGAAGAUGAUGCCAUGGUGGACUAAGAUGAAAAUUCUACACCCCAUCCCUAUCGUCACCCUCAUCCCUCUCUCCCUCUCACCCUACCAUGACUUUAGAGGGGCAGGGCCACCAGCACCUCCACGUAGUUGAGAGGGAAGAAUCCUGAUUGGCCGUGCAGCAUGCCCUCGUACCAGUUCUCGUCGAUCUGAUUGGUCAGCGUGAUGAUGUCGCCCUCGCGGAAGCCCAGCUCGCCCUCGUUCUCCGGGUCGAAGUCGUAGAGCGCCUUGCAGCUGGGCUGCUC